AUGGUCUCAGCAGCAAACAAACCCACAGGAACACUGAAAAAAUCGAAAUUAUUACCCUCUUGGUUGCUGAAAUUAAUUGGCAUCACAUCUUUGGCAACUGCUGUCAUCAGCUUUACAGUAUAUUGGUUCAAAAAGUACCCUCCACGUCGCAAGAUCAGUGCCAAUGAUGACGGCAAUGAGGCAGCUAGCAGCAGCAGCAGCAGCAGCAGCAAUAAUGCAGCAGAGAACACUGCAGAUAAGUGGAGCAAUAAGCUCUUGAAUGGCUUGAAAUCAACAGUUCGGAAGAAUAGAAAGCGAAUGACCAUCUCAUUGAAAAAUACCGUGCUUUGGAAUCCUUCACCUGAUGUAGAGACACCUAUUUAUGCAUUCCGAGAACAUAGCAUCCAAUUGCUGACUCGACUAUCCUAUUUAUACGACAUCUAUGUGUUGGUUCAUGUCAAUUCAAAGGAGGAGCAAUCCAACAUUGAAGCAUUAUUGAGUAAUGCAUCUGUGUUUUCGGAUCUACUCGAUCAUCGCAAAGUCAUUUAUUGCUCAGAGGAGGAGGGCAAGAUUCACAUUAUUCGACAUAUUGAACCAUCGAUUCACAUUGAAGGUGGCUGGGAGAUGGACGAUGGUGAGGAAAUUGUCAAAAAGCUGAAGCCAUUUGUUCAUAAAAUCAUCUGGUUGAUGACAAAGAGAAGAAGAGAUUCGUUUAGACCUGAACAUAUCAAGCAAGAUGAUCGCUCCAUAUUGGGCGCUAAUGUUGAAUUGUCAGAUUCACUGAUAAACACAUCAAUUGCUCAAGAAGUUACACAAUAA